AUGCUAGAGCCUACCAGCCUCUGCAACAAUCAAAUUCUGAAAAACUUCGGAACUGAAACUGGAAUCAGAAUUAGGAGCCGUGGACCUCAGCAACGGCCAAGUCCAGACAACGCUGUAAAUCAGGGUACUGCUCCAAGAAGAAGACGCUUGCAAACAGAACUUUCUACUGGGCCAAUGAAGGUGUCUGCAGGCAGUGCUGAUGAUGACAAAGUGAGAAGUGGCAGCCUUGGUGAAGAAGAAGUUCAAUCUGCUUUAACUGAGGUCACAGAAGCAGAAGCUACAGGAGAGACUUCUAGCUCUGAUGAGUCGGAUAACGAGAAUGAACCAUUCAAGUUCGAUGGCAGCGGGGGUAUUGCUGAAGAAUCUUCUACUAAACCGAGACAGAGGGUAAAACAAGAUGGUGAGGAAGGUAGCGGCCAAAUGGGUCCAUCAGUGCAUCAUCAUCAUCGCUCGAGCACCCUAUUAUUUCUUGCUGUUAUCAUUAUGACUAUUGUGAUCGUUCUUGUCAUGGGGAAUAUGGAGAUAACUUAUAUCUUAAGUUAUUCUGGAUGAUGUUGACACGGGCUGCAGGUAGGUUAUCCAUUUCCCACUGUAGGCAAUUACUGUAUAAAAUAAGUACCCAAUGGGCCUUUUCUUACUACUUUAGCUUGAAGUUGUUUUUAUAAUAAGAGGGGAGAAGGUUAGAGGAAUCAUAGAUAAGGUCUUAUUUAAUUGGUUGAAUUAGUUAAACCAAAUAAGAUUCUAAAUAUUUAAAAAAAUUUAAAUUUUAAAUAAAUAUUACAUACAUUGAUGAAUUAAUAUAUGUUAUUUCCUUGUACUAUUUUAGCUUAUAUAUUAAAAAACUUAUUUAAAAAAGACCUUAGAUCUAGUUAAUACUUUUAAAUGGGUCAAUUCUCCCCAUAUGCGAUAUUAAGGUCAAUUCGGUUUUACUUUUGUUCUUCCCUAUUACUUGUUUUGUUAUUUUAUUUAGAUAGAUAAAUUUGAUGUUUAUUACACUUAAAUAACACUUUUAUUUUUAAAUUUGUAUACAAAUAAACUCUUAAUCUUUUAACAUAUAUCUAUAAUAUAUAUAAAAAUACGAGUUUGAAAAAACUUUUA